ACCAUAAGUCAUCAUGCAGCUUUAUAGAGACAUUGUGGGAGCCAUUGCUUUAGUUGUUCUGAUCCUCAGUCUGCUGACAGCCACUCAUGCAUGGAACUGUAAGGAGGUGAAGAACAUCAAGAACCUGAUGCAGAUCGAUGCAGGCCAGGGACAUGUGGUGGCCACCGACACAAAUGAAAUUCCCUAUUACCUACAACGUGGAUUCAUCCAAGACGAAUGGAUCCGGAUUCCUGGAUUUGUGAAGCAUAUCACUGUUGGACCAGCAGGGACCUGGUGUGUUGACAGGACUGAUAGAAUCUUUAAGUACUUGGAGGGUAAAUGGGUGCAUGCUGAAGGCUUUCUGAAGCAGGUGGAUGCUGGGGGUGACCAAUUUAUUGUGGGUGCCAACAUGCAAAAUGUACCCUUCUGUUUAAAAAGCAGUGCCGCUAUUGGUUACAAGGGUCCUGGCUCUCCCCUUCCUUGGAAACAAUUUCCAGGAAGUGUGAAAUAUUACAGUUGCGGACCCUUUGGGUGCUGGGCAGUCAACAAGGAUGAAUCGAUCAUCUUCAUGAAUCUUGAUCGAGACUGCCAAUACAGUGGGUGGAGUAACAUUGAUGGCAUGCUUUCCAUGAUUGAGGUGGCAACAGACGGUAGUGUCUUUGGGGUCAACUCUGUGGGUGAUAUUUAUACCAGGUAA